ACAAAGUCUCAGCCCUCUUCAUGCCCUUUAAAAGUGGCAUGGUUCCUACUCUUUAGUUAUUUGUAGAACUUCUUGUAUAGAAAGGAUACUCUGACCAACAACCACAGAUAUUCAAGAUGCGGUGGUUGCUAGCAACAGCUAUUUUGAUCCUUGGAUUUAUACAUUCAGAACAGUCACCAAUGAAAGCGCGUAAAGCCAAUCCUGAAGCAUUUAUGAAUAUUUCUGAGAUCAUACAUUACGAACACUAUCCUAAUGAAGAAUAUGAAGUCCUUACAGAUGAUGGCUACUAUCUUAUAGUCAACCGAAUUCCUCAUGGCAGAGAAAAUUCAGACAACACAGCUCCAAAGCCUGCAGUCUUAUUGGUGCCUGGCAUACUCACAAAUAGUGCAACUUGGGUGGCUAAUAUGCCCAACAACAGCCUGGGAUUUAUACUGGCAGAUGCUGGCUUUGAUGUUUGGAUGGCAAACAACAGAGGAAGUAGGUGGUGUAGAAAACACCAAAAUUUGUCUUUGGAUCAAAAGGAAUUCUGGAAUUUCAGUUUUCAUGAAAUGGCAAUGAAUGACUUGCCAGCCAUUAUAAAUUUCAUCCUUGAUAAAACUGGACGGGAACAGAUCUAUUACGUAGGAUAUUCCCAGAGUGCUACCAUAGCUUUCAUUGCAUUUUCAGCCAUGCCCAAUUUGGCUCAGAAAGUCAAAAUAUUUUUUGCACUUGGUCCUGUGUAUUUGCUGAACAAUAAUGAAUCCCCAUUUGGUAAAAUGGCAUAUAUGCCUGCCAGCCUUAUAAAGGCUGUGGUUGGUAUGAAACACUUCUGUAUCAUGCCAACCAAUGGUUCAAGAAAUUCCGUUAUCAAGUUCUGCAGCAAGGGCUUCUUGGACAAAAUUUGUUCCAAAGUUCUUUUCAUGUCUGGUGGAAUCGGAGAAAAUAAUGUUAAUAUGAGUCGACUGGAUGUCUAUGCAUCACAUGUACCAGGCUGUACCUCCUUGAAAAAUCUCCUACACUGGUCACAGGUAAUUCGAAGUAAAGAGUUAAAACUGUUUGAUUAUGGUCCUAAAAAUUUAGACACAUAUAAUCAGACUACUCCUCCUUUAUACAAGAUCCAAGAAAUGAAAGUACCAACAGUAGUAUGGAGUGGUGGAAAAGACAUAAUGGCUUCACCAAAGGAUACUGAAUUUUUACUCUCAGUUCUUGGAAAUGUGAUCUAUUACAAAGAAAUUCCUCACUGGAUGCAUUAUGAUUUUCUAUUCGGCCUUGAUGCACGUCAGCAAGUGUAUGAUGAACUUGUUACAAUGAUCAGGCAAAUAGACUUGAUUCCCAUGAAAUAAAUUUUGAAGGAUUAGCAAUGAUACUAGCUUUC